AUGGACCGCUUCUUCAAAAAGAGUUCCUCUGAUGCCGCUCAGGCGAAGGAGGAAGUGGAACUGUUGCAGCAGAAAAUAAAGACAAUGAGUGAAGUGGCGACCGCAUUGGAGGCUCAGUUGAAUGAUGAAAAGGCAAAAUACGCUUUGCUGCUCACCAAAACAAACACCUGGAAGGAAAAAGUAAAGGCACUCACUGAGUCCGAUCGAUCGCGCAUUGCUGAGCUGGAAACACAGCUGGCCGCCUACCAUGUGGCCGGCGAAGCCAACGGCGGUGAAUUGACCCCCGAGAUACGCGCGGCUGUUCAAGCAUCACUUCACGGCAUCAUCACCAAGCACGCCGAAGAGAUGGACGCAUGUAAGCAGCAGGUGGCAGCUGUGCAGGCCACUUUGAGCACCAAGGAAACCACCAUUGCAGAGCUCACGCAAGAAUUGGAGGCGGUCAAGGCGGUUUAUCUGGAGAGCCAGCAGCGUUUCGCAGAGGAAAUGCAGUCCGUAACAGAUCACCAUGAAAAGGAGAUGGCACAUCUGCGCUGUCAACCUGAAUCGUUUCAGGAACUCGAGGACCUGAAAUCUCGAUUUCAAGAGCAGCAGAAGGAGAUCGCCUCCUUGGAGAAUCACUCGCUGCAAAACGUACAGAUAAUGAGUGUUCUUCAACAAGACCUGGCCUCCUCCGCAGAGAAAAAUGAAUCGCUUAGUCAGGAGGUGCGCACGCUUCAAGAAUCCCUCGCGACCCUUAAGCAGAAGCAAGCAGUUUGGAAAGAAAAGGUGAUGCAGAUGAAAACAAAGGACGACGAGACCAUCAAACAGCUGCAAUCAGAGCUGGCCCUCACGCGUGAGUCAUCUCUCGAAACGAAUCACUCUCCUCCUGUACCUGAGAUCCCUGCAAUCUGCCAGCCUGGCACGACCGCCACAGCAGAAACACUCGACCCGGAGUCUAGCUCGGCCGCGAUGCCGCCACCGUCACCACCUGAGGAACAUCUUUACAAGCUCUCGAUUCAACUAGAAGAUGAGCCUACCACCCCUCCCGAGUUUCAAGAGAAGCUAGAAACGUGGAAGCGAAAGGUACGGCACAUGAAGAUGCAAGACAUGCGCAUAAUUGAAGCCCUGCAGACAGAGUGCGAGCAGCUCCGCCACCAGCUGGCCGCCGGGGCGGACGAGCAGGUGCAGGCCCACGAGGCCCUCCGCGCUGAGCUGGCGGCGGCGCAGCACGAGCGCGACAACGCCGCGCAGCAGGCGCAGCGGCACGCAGAGGAUGCCGCGUGUGUGAGACAGGAACUGGAGGCCAAGGCGGCGCAGCUCGAACAGCUGGAAGCAAACGUUCUCAUCUGGAAGGAGAAGGUGAAAGCCUCCAAAUCCCAGGCCGCACAGCGCAUCGCUUUGCAGGAGAAGGAGCUGGAGCAGCUCCGCCACCAGCUGGCCGCCGGGGCGGACGAGCAGGUGCAGGCCCACGAGGCCCUCCGCGCUGAGCUGGCGGCGGCGCAGUGCGAGCGCGACAACGCCGCGCAGCAGGCGCAGCGGCACGCAGAGGAGCUGGAGCAGCUCCGCCACCAGCUGGCCGCCGGAGCGGACGAGCAGGCACAGGCCCACGAGGCCCUCCGCGCUGAGCUGGCGGCGUCGCAGCGCGAGCGCGACAACGCCGCGCAGCAGGCGCAGCGGCACGCAGAGGAGCUGGAGCAGCUCCGCCACCAGCUGGCCGCCGGAGCGGACGAGCAGGCACAGGCCCACGAGGCCCUCCGCGCUGAGCUGGCGGCGGCGCAGCACGAGCGCGACAACGCCGCGCAGCAGGCGCAGCGGCACGCAGAGGAGCUGGAGCAGCUCCGCCACCAACUGGCCGCCGGAGCGGACGAGCAGGCACAGGCCCACGAGGCCCUCCGCGCUGAGCUGGCGGCGGCGCAGCACGAGCGCGACAACGCCGCGCAGCAGGCGCAGCGGCACGCAGAGGAGCUGGAGCAGCUCCGCCACCAACUGGCCGCCGGAGCGGACGAGCAGGCACAGGCCCACGAGGCCCUCCGCGCUGAGCUGGCGGCGGCGCAGCACGAGCGCGACAACGCCGCGCAGCAGGCGCAGCGGCACGCAGAGGAGCUGGAGCAGCUCCGCCACCAGCUGGCCGCCGGAGCGGACGAGCAGGCACAGGCCCACGAGGCCCUCCGCGCUGAGCUGGCGGCGGCGCAGCACGAGCGCGACAACGCCGCGCAGCAGGCGCAGCGGCACGCAGAGGAGCUGGAGCAGCUCCGCCACCAGCUGGCCGCCGGAGCGGACGAGCAGGCACAGGCCCACGAGGCCCUCCGCGCUGAGCUGGCGGCGGCGCAGUGCGAGCGCGACAACGCCGCGCAGCAGGCGCAGCGGCACGCAGAGGAUGCCGCGUGUGUGAGACAGGAACUGGAGGCCAAGGCGGCGCAGCUCGAACAGCUGGAAGCAAACGUUCUCAUCUGGAAGGAGAAGGUGAAAGCCUCCAAAUCCCAGGCCGCACAGCGCAUCGCUUUGCAGGAGGAGGAGCUGGAGCAGCUCCGCCACCAGCUGGCCGCCGGAGCGGACGAGCAGGCACAGGCCCACGAGGCCCUCCGCGCUGAGCUGGCGGCGGCGCAGCACGAGCGCGACAACGCCGCGCAGCAGGCGCAGCGGCACGCAGAGGAGCUGGAGCAGCUCCGCCACCAGCUGGCCGCCGGGGCGGACGAGCAGGCACAGGCCCACGAGGCCCUCCGCGCUGAGCUGGCGGCGGCGCAGCACGAGCGCGACAACGCCGCGCAGCAGGCGCAGCGGCACGCAGAGGAGCUGGAGCAGCUCCGCCACCAGCUGGCCGCCGGAGCGGACGAGCAGGCACAGGCCCACGAGGCCCUCCGCGCUGAGCUGGCGGCGGCGCAGUGCGAGCGCGACAACGCCGCGCAGCAGGCGCAGCGGCACGCAGAGGAUGCCGCGUGUGUGAGACAGGAACUGGAGGCCAAGGCGGCGCAGCUCGAACAGCUGGAAGCAAACGUUCUCAGCUGGAAGGAGAAGGUGAAGUGCGCAAAACUGCGGGACUCCGCGAACAUUUCGAGCCUGAGGAAGGAAAGGGAUUGCUGGCAGAGAGAAGUGGCGAGGGUUUCGGAUGCUGUGCGGGUGCUGUGUGGCGGUGCGAACAUCUGCAGUAAUGUGGAGUCGCCGACAGAGUGGGCGGAGAGUCUGUGUGAAGCUGUGCAAGAUGGGCAGGCCGCCUUAGUUUGCCUUUCGUUAGAACUAUGGACGGGAGGCACUUGGGCGGGUAUUCAAGGUUUCAAGGAGCAGUUGACAGCUUACGUAGGUGCUUGUGCGUCAGCGGCCAAGGAAGCGGCUGAGCGAGUAGAGGCUCUGGAGGUCGAAGUGUUGCGCCUGAAGGAAUCGGAGGCUUCAUUGAGUGCUCGUUGUGAAAAUACCGAAGCGCAUGCAAGGAAUGUUGAAGAGGAUUUGAAGCGUGCAUCGACUCAAGCAGAGCGUGUUUCAGAAUUGGAACAGGAGACCAGUGAUCUCAGGACGCGGUGCAACCUUCUUCGAAAAGAGCUGCAGAGGCAGCGGGAGGCAAUGCAGCGAGACCGGCCGCAGCCGCACGAGACUGCAAACAGCGAGACUGCGGCGUCUCCAAUCACGGAGAAUGCAAGUGCAGUUCAGUCUGUGUUGCUUGCGGCGGCGGGCUGUGUGUCGGAGCGGGAUGUUGCGACCUUCGUGGGCAGCAGGGGUUCGCAGGACGGCUCUCUCAAGCUGAGCAAGGUAGGAGCAGAGCUGCUGAUCAAGGAGAAUGCAGAACUCAAGCGAGAAAACGCGCACAACAACGGCGUCAUUGCUCAGUACAUCAGAGAGUUAGAGGGGUACAAGGCAAAUGAGAGAGUGCAGCUUAGCAUCGAGUAUCUCCGCAACAUAGUGCAGCAGUAUCUCUGUGCGGCAGAGGAUCUGCGCCCAAAGAUGAUCCCGGCCAUUUGCACCGUGCUGGAAUUCAGCAGCAAGCAAAAAGAAGACGUCCAAACAGCGAACCCACGAUGCCCUCGAUUUCACUGA